AUGGUUCCUUCAAGUAACCUUCUACUAAAUUUACCAGUCCUAGACGAGGACCUAGCCACAGGGCUUUCAGCAGAAGCUCUUUUAAGCGAUUCUUAUCUCAAUUCUUAUGAAGAUCUUCUUGCGUUGGACCAAAAGAAGUCAUCAUCAAGCAUACAUCAUCAACAACAUCAACAACAUUUAUUACAACAGCAGCAACAACAACAACAACAACAACAACAACAACAUCAUCAUCAUCAUAAUCAUCAUCAUCUCCAUCAAAUACCCCCAGCAAAACAACAGCCCGCAGAUGAAAUCACCCCAGAACAACAAUCACUUCUCCAACAAGCCCUCGACUCAUUCGAUGAGCCAGGUCUUCGUCUAACUCCAUCCGAGCAGCAACGUCUGGACCGAUGUAUUGAGCAGUAUAAUAAUAAUGGUCAAUUCCAUCAACUUCAACAACAACAACAACAACAACAAUCUCAAAUUCCAACACUCCAUCAACAACUUCCACAACAACAACAACAUCAAUUAUCACAACAACAACAACAUCAACAGCAGCAGCAGCAACAACAACAACAACAACAACAACAACAACAACAACAACAACAACAACAAUUACAAUACAACCAGUUUUUUGCUCCAAGGUAUUCUUCUAUCUCAUCGGCCUCUUCCGCAAUUAGCUCACCCGAUGACUUGCAUGUCUCAAGCCUCAAUUCCUCUGCUUUUUUCUCCGAUGAUGCCUCCUCUUACUCUACCUUUUCUUCCUCUUCUCUGUCUUCUUCAUUGUCCUCCUCUUCUUCCCCACCAGUCCCAGAAACCCCAGACAAUCACAACAUUUAUAGCUCUUUAAGAAGUGAUGUCUCAGCUGCAAAUUUUGGACAAGAUGUCUUACUGGCUAUCAUGACUGAAGACCAGCUCAUGCAGUUGGCUCAACUAUCAAGACUUCAAUCCCAAUAUGGCGGUGACCUGGCCCACCUAGUAGCCUCUAGAGGUCAUUCCAAUCUUCAACAACUACUCCAAAGCCUACCUACUGUUGCCCCUCCUCCUCCACCACCACCACCACCACCACCUUCUUCUGUUUUACCAACCCCUACAUCUUCAUGCUCUUCAAAUACUACACUCUCUUCUGCUACUUCUUUAUCCAUUUCCUCCCAAGAUUCUAUCGAAGCCGCUGUCAAUGCAGCUGCAGCUGCAGCUGCUACUGCCUCUUCCUCUUCUUCUUAUAACCCUCCUUCUUCUUUCAAUACGUUUGAUUUUGAAGCCUCCCCAUUGGCAACCUCUUCAAAUACAAAUACAAAUCCAAAUCCAAAUCCAACUGCUACGAUUGCAACUCCCACAUCUUCCACGGCUCUUUCGGCGCUGGCCCCCACAGAGGCGUGUCCACCGUCGCCCCACAACAUUACCACCGAUCUCUCACCUUCCCCACUCUCAUCACGCGCAAAUUCCGUCGUGAUGCUUACUGGUCUCAAUUCUGCUUCUUCUUCUCCUUCCGCUACUCAUUCGGUUCCUUCCCCUUCAUCAACCUGUAUUUCUAAACCUCCAACUCCAUCUGCCGCGGCCGCCGCGGCCGCCGCCUUGGCUGCUGCCACUUCCAAACCUUUCCGCAAGCAAUCUGAGAGCCGCAUCUCGUUACCUGAGCUUUAUAUUCGAAUGGGUCUAGGCCAUAAUCAUGAAGAGGCUCGCAAGCGCGAGCAACGGAUUCUUGGUAUUCUACGUGCUGAAGGGUUCCAAUUGGGUGAACGGACUUGGAUUCGUGAUACUACUGAAAAGGACCGCCGUAGAAUUAUUGAUGAGAUUCAUCACCAGACAUUUGCAGACUACUCGUACCCCAAAGAGCUUAUUGAGGUCAUUGUGCGCCGCGGCUCGUAUUACCUCAUGCAGGGCCGGCUGCGCCGGAUCCGCCGGGGCCGCAAGGUCGAGCUUGCUCAACAGGCUAAGGCGUUGGCUGGUAAGCGUGGAUUAGUUCAUGGUGGUAAUAGUAAUAAUGGAAGUGGAAAUGGAAAUGGAAGUGGAAGUGGAAGUGGAAGUGGAAGUGGAAGUGGAUGUGUUAGUGUUAGUUCUUCUUCUACAUUAUCUAGUAGUAAUUCUUUGGCAAUGGUUCCUAUGGAUGGUAAUAGUGAUAAUAACUUGACCAAUUCAACAGGGUCAACAGGCAACUCGCCGUUAGAUGGAAGUGGGGGGUCUCCGGAAUGCGAAGAAGAUGAGGAGAUGCCGUCCCCGAUUGAGGCACCGGCGGGUCCUAUUGCCUCAGACAGUACUGAUACUACAUUAGAAAGUCAGUUUCUCAACUAA